UUUGGUGGUCUGAUUCGGUAUUCCUUUUCCAUUCCCAAAUCAUCACAUCUGAAACCCUAGAAAGAUUCAUACAAAAUACAGAUAGCAGCAGCUGCAUACACACAACCGAUUCGGGCGCGAUUUGUGAAAUUUCGAUCCAGAAACCCUAGAUUUGUUUCGUCAUCGACGAAUUCGAUAGUUGAGAUGGACGAUAGCUGCGCGGUUUGUGCUGAAAGCUUGGAGUGGGUGGCAUACGGCGCUUGCGGCCACAAGGAUGUCUGCUCCACCUGCGUCUCUCGCCUCCGAUUUAUCUGCAAUGACCGCAGCUGCUGUAUUUGCAAGACAGAAAACGAUGUCGUUUUCGUCACCAAGGCUUUGGGGGACUAUACGAAGACGAUCAGUGACUUCACAGUAUUCCCCCCUGAAAGGAGAGAGGGUAAGAUGGGGCAGUAUUGGUAUCAUGACGAUACGCAGGCCUUUUUUGAUGAUUCGGAUCAUUAUAAGAUGAUCAAGGCGAUGUGCAGGCUUUCUUGCGCUGAAUGUGAUAAGGAGGACCAACCGGAUGAUGGUUCCAGGAGAAAAGCCAAGUUUAGGAACAUCGAUCAUUUGAAGGGCCAUUUGUUUCACAAGCAUAGGUUGAUCAUGUGCAGCUUGUGCUUGGAGGGAAGAAAGGUUUUUAUAUGUGAGCAAAAGUUGUAUACAAGAUCACAACUUAGUCAGCAUAUAAGCACUGGCGACUCGGAAGUGGAUGGAACUGAAAGUGAAAGAGGUGGCUUCUCAGGACACCCCCCUUGUGAAUUUUGCCAGACACCAUUUUAUGGGGACAAUGAGCUUUAUACUCACAUGGAGACUGAACAUUAUACUUGUCAUAUAUGUCGAAGGCAGCAUCCAGGAGAGUAUGAGUACUAUGGGAAUUAUGAUAAUUUGGAGAUCCACUUUCGUCGAGAUCAUUUCCUCUGUGAGGAUGAAAGUUGCCUUGCCAAAAAGUUUGUUGUCUUCACUUCGGAAUCUGAAAUAAAGAGGCAUAAUGCUACGGAGCAUGGAGGGCGUAUGUCACGUUCACAACGCAGUGCUGCUCUUCAGAUACCUACGAGUUUUCGAUAUAGACGAAGCAGUGACCAAGAGAAUCGUCGUGGAAGAGCACGGACCUUUCGCCGGGAUCUGGCAGAUGAACUUUCUCUGGCUAUCCAGGCAAGUCUUGAGACAGCAAGUGCUGCAGCACCAAAUAGUCGAGCUCGAAAUGAUCAUGGAGAAAGUAUUGAUGUUGACUCACUUAUAUCACCUCUGGAAUCUAUCGGUACCACAGACUAUGAGCUACCAUCAAGAUACCGACAGGCCGUGUCUCAAAGUUCAAUGAGUGGAACACUGGGAGACUCUGCAUUUCCUCCUCUCGCAGCGGGUGCUGGGGGUAACCAACACAGCUCUCAAACUGAUGCUUCCUCAAACUCUAUGGCUGCUCAUCUGCGCCGCCAGAGCAAGAAGCAGGCGAGCUCCUCAAGCUCUGCUCCUGCUUGGCCCGUAGCUAGUCGUACACCAGUUCUGCCAGUCAAGAGCCGCCAGAAUAAAAAACAGACUAGCUCCUCGAGCUCAGGUCCUGCUUGGCCAGUAGGUAGUCCUACACCUGCACAGCCAGUCAACAAUUCUCACACAUGGCCUCCAGUAACUGCUAUUUCUGGAUCUGCAUCUAGUUCGGGACAGAGCAGAGCAUUUCCAGAAAUUGGAUCUGUGUCAUCUAGCCAAUCGACUUCUGCUCGGAUUCAUCCGCAGUCAGCUGCUACUACAUCCUUUGCCAGUUCUCUACUUUCAUCAAGGGCUUCUGGAAGCAUUAAUCGGCUAGGUCAUUCUUCAUCAGCCCCUAGUCUUUCAGACCGCGAGUCUUUUGCUUCACCUGCCGACUUUCCUCCAGUUUCAGUAGUAGCCCAGUCACGCAAAUCAACCAACGAUGACCAAUCUGCUAGUAAGGCAGGGGAUGUUCAAACAGCAAACAAAUCUCUGGUGGAGAAAAUGCGCGCUGCUCUAGGGUCCGACGAAGACAAAUUCUCUGCUUUCAAAGAUAUCUCUGGUAAAUACCGCCUAGGCACGAUGGAUGUUGAGACAUACCUAACAUACGUAGAUCAGUUCGGUUUGUCUCAUCUUGUUCUUGAGUUGGCUGGACUUCUCCCUAAUCCUCAGAAGCAGAAAGAGCUUAUAGAUGCAUACAAUCUUCACAUGGCUUCAAGAGAAAAUGGGUGGAAUAACGACUCUAAAAAAGGCAAAGGCAAAGGAAAAGCAAAAGGGAAGCCAGUAGAUUUUGGCACCAGCUCCUCCGUUAAAAACAAUCUUGCUGAUAAUGUGAUAAGCACUGUAAGAGCGCUGCAAUCGAGCUACAACGCCCCGGAGGAAGAGGUCGAAGUGUUGUCGAAGGAUGGAUAUCGAAGUGCAAGGUCGGAACUGGCAGUUACGGUUGGUGCUUCACCUUCCCAAUCAAGUGCAGUUGCUGUUGGUGGAACUAAUCAGAAUCAUUCCAACGGCAGUGGGAAAGGAAAGCAACGGAAGAAAACGUCCAAAUUUCUCCGAGCACGUCUAGGCGAUGGCUCUGCCGAAGCUCUGUUAGAUCUGAAAAACUCCAACCAAGAGGAUCCAGAUUCUGAUGAGGGUGAAUCUUCAUCGAACGGGCCAGAUGAGAAUGUCCCAGUUCGUGGUGUGUGGAGAAAUGGUGGGGGUCAGAAGCUACUGUCGAAAAAGUUGGGGGUGAAAAAGUGAGUGUGGAUGGACGAUUUUAGCCAAAGACCAAGAUCAGUUGUAUUGAUGGCAUGUUAAUUUUGGGUUUUCUUGAGCAUCUUCGUUUUUAUAUGGAGAAAAUGUUUUUGCACAAAGGUCGAAGCAGCUGUUUUACAUGGACGAAGUUGCCUUUUUUUGAAGGUGUAUUGAGAUAGAUGCUAAUUCCCAUCCAUAGAUUAAUAGUACUAUACUAUAUUAUUGAUCACAAAAAAAAAGGUUCUACUA